GGCUUCGCUCACCGCCACAGUUGAAUCUGUUGACCGCUGGGUCGGAGAAAUUCGCCAUCUUCUCAUCAUUUGCCGAGGAGCUGGCUUUGGACUGGAACUUUAAGCGGACGUCAAGAAACUUCCCCAUUUCUGACCGUGGUAUUGUACAUCUAUUUGAUUCAAAAUGGGAUUUUCUCAAUGGAACACCAGCGUUUUUGUCACGUGUGCUCUUGGUAUCUUCAUAACUCUUUCGUGUUCAGUUACUUAUGGGGCUAACAUACUGGUCGUCCCAUUUGAUGGGAGCCAUUGGGUCAACAUGAGGGUUCUAGUGAAAGAACUGAGACGCCACGAACACAAUAUUACUGUACUUCAUUCAUCAACAUCCUGGUAUAUUAAGAAGGAACCAGAUUUGUAUCAGUCCCUGGUAGUCCAGCUACAUGGAAGUAAAGGAGUGAUUGAAGAUGCUGAUGGUAUACAAACUUUGAUAGAAAACUCAUUGGCCAUCUCCAAUACCAACAUCCCACUGUGGACUUAUCUCCAGCUUCAGUUUCAGCUAACGAUGUUCUUGCAUGAGGGCCAUCUUUGGUUGAGGAAUUUCACCAUCUCAAUUUUUGAGAAUAAGGCAUUGUUGAAGCAAAUUGCAGAUGAAAACUUUGACUUGAUACUUGCAGAUCCGGUUGCUUAUGCAGGCCCAAUGCUUGCUUAUUAUUUCAACAUCCCAUUGGUGUACAAUAUUCGAUGGAUGACUGCAGAAGAACCUCAUUUAUUUGCAGCCCCAUCUCCACCCUCCUAUGUCCCAGCCUUAAUAUCACAAUUAACAGACAAAAUGAGUUUUCAUCAACGAAUUCAUAAUGUCCUGCAACAUAUCCUUCAGUUUGGUAUUUCCAAGUUUGUGAUUAAUCCUUUGCACGACGAUUUGUGCCAGAAAUACCUUGGCAGAGACAUUGACAUCAAGAUGGUUCUCCAAAGGGCAGAUGUGUGGUUAAUUAGAAUAGACUUUGUAUUUGAGUUUCCGAGACCUACGAUGCCAAACUUUGUGUACAUCGGAGGUUUCCAAUGUCAACCACCUAAACCGCUGGAUGAAGAGCUACAAACGUUUGUUGACAGCUCUGGGGAGCAUGGUAUUGUUGUGAUGUCACUGGGUACUCUUAUAGACACAUUAUCAUUGGAUCGUACCAUGAAAAUCGCUAAAGCCCUUGCUCAAAUACCCCAAAAAGUAAUUUGGAAACACAAUGGAGACAUUCCUCCCAACAUUGGAAAUAACACACUCAUAGCAAAAUGGAUUCCUCAGAAUGACCUACUAGGCCAUGUCAAGACACGAGCCUUCAUUUCUCAUGGUGGCACCAAUGGACUGUAUGAAGCGAUCUAUCAUGGGGUGCCGGUGGUUGGCCUACCAUUGUUUUAUGACCAGUUUGAUAAUAUGGUCAGACUUGAAACCAGAGGAGCAGCAAAGGUGGUCAAUGUUGCAUCUCUGCAGUCAUCAGAUCUAGUGUGGGCACUUAAUGAAGUCAUAAAUAACUCCACUUAUCGAGAAAACAUGCAGAAACUCUCUCUUCUCCACAGGGAUCAGCCAGAGACCCCAAUGGAAAGAGCCAUUUUCUGGAUUGAGUACACUGCCCGACACAAAGGUGCAGCACAAUUACGCUCUGAAUCUUACAAACUUCCAUGGUACGUUUAUUACUCUGUGGAUGUAAUAAUUUUCCUAGGAACAAUAACACUGAUUAUUGUAUUACUCAUAGUUUUCACAAUGAAGAAACUGUUUGUUCUACUGAAGAGAAAAGAAAAAGUUCAGUAAGACUGGUCAAUCUGUGGGAAUGGGUGCUGAGGAAGUGUAACAGUAAGCUUCUUGUAUUAAUGAAAGAUCUGAACACAUUAAAGAUUAAACAUUUGGAUCCCA